AUGUCCUCGUCACCAUCCGGUCUAGAGGACGGUGUGAAACUGCUGGGAACGGUGCAGCGAUGUGAAAGUGCGAGGAAAUCACUCGCAGGCACGUUCGGUGGUGCCGGGACAAGCAAAAUGAUCGAAAUGCAACCAGCGGAACUGUCCGAAACGGAGGACAACUCGUACAUGUACUUCCGGCAGGAGGGUUUGUUUGCAAACAGUUUUCCGAAAAUGAAGGAAAUCCGCCGCAUGGGUAAACUGUGCGACGUUACAUUGAAGGUGGAUUCUCACUCAUUUUCGGCGCAUCGUAUCGUGCUGGCCGCAACUAUUCCGUAUUUCUAUGCAAUGUUUACCCACAACAUGGCAGAGAGCAGAAUUAAAGAAAUCACGAUGAAGGAAAUCGAGCCAAUGGCACUGGAAAGUUUGAUCAACUUCGCCUACAGUGGUCUAGUCAAAAUCGAUACCCAGAACGUGCAGAGUCUCAUGGUUGGUGCAUCGUUUCUGCAGCUGAACGAAGUACGGGAUGCGUGUGCAAAGUUUCUCAAGCGCAAAUUUCACCCACAAAAUGUGCUUGGCAUUAGACAGUUUGCCGAUACGCUCGGUUGCCCGAAGCUGAUCGUGUCCGCCGAUCGGUACAUACAUCAGCACUUCUCCAAGGUAGCGAACGGGGACGAAUUCGUCGCGUUGAGCUACAACGAGCUGAUCGACGUAAUAGGUCGCGACGAGCUAAAUGUGAAGAGCGAAGAGUGCAUUUUUGAAGCGUGCAUGCGCUGGGUCAAGCACGAUCAGGACGUACGCUCCGAAUAUCUGCCCCUGAUACUGGCCAACAUUCGAUUGCCGCUGCUUUCGCCCCAAUUUCUUGCGGACAACGUUGCAACAGAAGAGUUAAUCAAGACGUCACACAAAUGUCGUGAUCUGCUGGAUGAGGCACGCGAUUUUCACCUAAUGCCAGAACGGAGGGCACUCGUGUCUACAACAAGGACUCGGCCGCGAUGCUUCGAUUUUGUCGUUGGCUUAAUCUUUGCCGUCGGUGGACUGACGAAGAAUGGUGAAUCGGUUAGCACGGUAGAGAUCUACAAUCCGGCAACGAAGGAGUGGAGCAUGGGCGAAGCAAUGACGAUGCUACGGUCACGCGUUGGUGUUGCCGUUACCAAUGGGAAGCUGUACGCAUUCGGUGGAUUCAACGGCGCGGAACGGCUAUCGACGGUGGAAAUUUACGAUCCACGCCAGCACCGAUGGUCCCAGGGAACGGCAAUGCGUUGCAAACGGAGCGCGGUUGGUGUGGCCGCGCUGGAAGAUUAUGUGUACGUUUGCGGUGGGUAUGAUGGUGUGACUAGUCUUAGCACGGUGGAACGAUACUGUCCGCGAACGGACGUCUGGAGUACGGUAGCACCGAUGAUGAAGUACCGUUCGGCCGGUGGUGUUGCCGCACUCGGGGGCUACGUGUAUGCGCUCGGUGGUCACGAUGGGCUCUCCAUUUUCGAUACCGUAGAGCGGUACGAUCCGUUCACCGACACGUGGACGAAGGUGAUAUCGAUGCUGAACCGACGGUGUCGGCUUGGGGUGGCCACCCUCGGCAACAAGCUGUAUGCUUGCGGUGGCUACGAUGGCAACUCAUUCCUACGCUCGGUUGAAGUUUACGAUCCGGUUAAGAACAGCUGGUCGCUCAUUGCACCGAUGAACGUGAAGCGAAGCCGUGUAGCUUUGGCCGCCAACAUGGGCAAACUGUGGGCCAUCGGAGGGUACGACGGCGAGUCAAAUCUAUCCACCGUCGAGGUGUACGAUCCAAAAACCAACACCUGGACGUUUGUGGCACCGAUGAAACAUCACGGUGGUGGCGUUGGAUGUGGUGUCAUACCAACACCGUUCCAGGACUAA